AUGUCUUCGCGAAGCGAUCGAAGCGCGCCAAGACUGCGCAAACCUUCUCUUGUGGAUACGGCAAAGGCAGAUACAAACGCCGAAGAGUUUGUCAAGCUAGAGUUACACAACUUGGGCGUUCCGCACAUGGCUGAAGACGGGAUGGAGAACGCGCAUGCGCAUCUGAUGCAAAGGACGAAGAGCUUCAAUGAAAAGACGCGAGAGCGUCCGGAGGACGUCGAACUUUGGAUCGAAUUCGCCCGAUUUCAAGACGAGUUCAUGGCUUUGACGAGGAAACGAAGUGAAAUUCGUCAACUGGUUGAGAAAAAGAUCGCCAUACUGGAGCAGGCACUGAGGUAUCAUUCGCACGAUGCGCGUGUGAUCAUCAUGCUGCUCAUGGAGUACGAAAAGGUUGAAGAGAGUCCUUCAAUCAAAUCACGCUGGCAUUACGCGUUAGAGCAAAAUACUGGAAGUCCUGAUAUUUGGCACGCGUAUCUUCGUUACCGUAUGCGUGACUUUAGUAACUUUAGCGCGAGCAGCGUUCGUGACGACUUCAACAGAGCGUUACGUUCACUCGCGAUAGCAAGGAACCAGUUGAAGCAAAUAUCUGCUGCACCAAGCAAGGUGUCUGAACUAGAACGCGCAAUUGUCGAUCUCAUUGUCGAUGUAUGUCGAUUCGACAUUCAAACUGGUGAAACGGAACUAGCAGUAGCAAGGAUUCAAGCAGCAGUAGAGUUUUGUUGCCUCUCCCCGUCGACGCAGACGGAAGACGAAUUGGUGGAUGCAUUCGAGCAAUUUUGGGAGUGCGGUGAGCCUCGUAUCGGUGAGCCGAAUGCCACGGGAUGGAACGAAUGGAUGUCCAUGAACACGGAGCUCAAGAUAAUAGUUCGUGAUGCGAAAUCAGACGCAGCGAGUAGGAACAAACAUGCGCAUCAAACGCCUUACGAAGUGCCUCCGCCUCCUCCGCCUCCACCGGAUGUGCCAGCAGGAGCCAUCCUUGGUGGUGGCUGGGAACGUUUUGAAGACACUGCAAUAGACAACGAUGAAGAUUGCGUUGGCGACGAUAGUGAGGAGGAUGAAGAACCAGACGCAGCCGCGCUCGCACUUCUCGAAGAGCAGCUUGACGCAGCAGCGGACAUUGAAAUUGAUGAUGAGAUAUUGCGUCGAUGGAUUGUGAAAGAGAGGGAACGCUGUUGCGAGAUAUGGAGACCAGCUCGAUCGAUGGACGUGCAAGAAGAUGAACAAAGCGCGUCACCUCGUGUGAUAUGGUUCGAUGAUAUCAAGCACGGUUUGAUAAGGCUGAGCGACGAAACUGCAAAGCGGCGAUUGUGGAUGCAAACACUACGUCUCGUCGGCACUUUGGACAAGCUCCCUACUGAUUUUGAUCAUGAUAAAUCGCUCGAUCUCAUUGAAUGCACGGCUGGUCCGUAUGUAAAUGCCUCGAGAGUUUUUGCCUCCGCCGAUGGCGUGAAGCACAAUGGAACAUGGCUUUCACAGAGUUAUGGACUUGAGCACGCGUGGGUCACCGCCGAUGCUGGACGCGGCGCUCUUGGAGCGAAUAUGUUUCGCGUUUUCGCAAGCUAUGAUCCAACCAUUUUCUCAUGUCGCGUCGUCACCGAGAAAGAUGUUGCAAAGGAGCUUCUGUCGGGUGUCCACGAAAAUUCUCUCAAGCUUUGGUCGCAUUUUGCGAAAAUGGAGUGGGAAUCUGGACGUAAGGCAUCGGCGCGAAAAAUUUAUGCAAAAGUGUUCAGCACUGCGACGUCAGCCAAGGUGCAAGACAUCUCACAUCUAGCUCUAUCUUGGGUCGAAUGCGAACUGCGCGAGAGUGAUAGAGAAAACGCACUGAAAGUGUUGUUGGCACUCGCGAGCGUAGAUUCUGGUGAAGAGACCACUCCGAACGCCGCCCGCGUUGAAGGCGCCACGGUCUUUCUACGAGCGCAAAAUUUGUUCAACCAAAAAAUGAACAACGCUUUUGCAGGCGGCGGUGUGUGGAAGGGUCGCGAACACGAUGGUCUGCAAGAAUAUGGAAUUGCGUUGAUUCAAUGCUUCGCGCACUUCCAGUACUUGAACAAGCAGACGUGCAAGGAAAUUGACGAUGCGAUUUGUGCAGUACCACCAGAGACGCAACUUCGCGCGACGAACGUGGAGCAUUGGCACAGUUUGCACGUCAAGCUGUUGGACAUGAAGCCACUCGCAACACGGCGCUCAAGUCUUGAAUGCGCGCUAAAAGUUUUUCCAAGGAGUCCGCAUCUGCUUCUGAAGAUGUGUGAACUUGAACUUGAUGUCCAAGGCAGGCAGCGCAUGCGUCGUUUAUUGGAUUUUGAACUCGAGCGCAAUCCAAACGUGACGCUGAUGUACUACGCGCUCGGCAUGGAGGUCGGCAAACCGUUCGUAUCGAACCCUCGCGUAAUUUCCGUCCUCGAGCGAGCAUUGCAACCGGCAUUAAUCACGGCGCAGUCGCCUUUAUUGUGGCUUACGUACAUGCGCGCGUACGUGUCGUGCGGACAAGCGUCCAGCGCUAAGACAAUCUUCUUACGCGCCAUAAACGCGGUACCGUGGAAUAAAACGAUUUGGCUGUAUGGGAUCGAAUCACUAGCGUCGGUGUUUUCGACCAAAGAACGUGCCGCCCUGCUCGAUGUCAUGCGUGGCAAGGGAAUCAGCCUCAGAACGGACGUGUUCGAGAUCCAACUCGAGCGCGCUGUCGAGGCAGCAUGAAAGAAUUCAGAAUUUAAUUUUAGUCCUACUGUAGGUAGAUACUUGUUGUACAUUCU